GCUGCUGACCCUGUAACCCUAAGGACUAAGUAGCUGGCUAAACUCAUUCUUGGUACAGCAAAGAAUAGCUAUAAUCAAGCAACAGCAAGCAGUGACUAAUCUUGCUACAUUAUCACUGUGAGGAGCCAGCCUCGUGAGGUGGACACCAUGUCCUUGAAGAUUCAGACCAGCAAUGUAACCAAUAAGAAUGACCCCAAGUCCAUCAAUUCUCGGGUCUUCAUUGGAAACCUAAACACAGCUGUGGUAAAAAAGUCAGAUGUGGAAACCAUCUUUUCCAAGUAUGGCCGUGUGGCCGGAUGUUCUGUGCACAAAGGCUAUGCCUUUGUCCAAUAUGCCAACGAACGCCAUGCCCGGGCAGCUGUACUAGGAGAGAAUGGACGGGUGCUGGCUGGACAGACUCUGGACAUCAACAUGGCUGGAGAGCCCAAGCCCAAUAGACCCAAGGGGCUAAAGAGAGCAGCAACUGCUAUAUACAGUGGCUACAGCUUUGACUAUGAUUACUAUCAAGACUACUUCUAUUCGAGGCUGUUUGAUUAUAGAGGCCGCCUUUCUCCAGUGCCUGUGCCCAGGGCAGUCCCAGUGAAGAGACCCCGUGUCACAGUCCCUUUGGUUCGCCGUGUCAAAACUACAAUACCUGUCAAGCUCUUUGCCCGUUCUACAGCCAUCACUACUGGCUCAGCCAAGAUCAAGUUGAAGAGCAGCGAACUACAGACCAUCAAAACAGAGCUGACACAGAUCAAGUCCAACAUCGAUGCCCUGUUGGGUCGAUUGGAACAGAUCGCUGAGGAACAAAAGGCCAACCCAGAUGGCAAGAAGAAGGGUGACAGCAGCAGUGGUGGAGGAGGCGGCGGCAGUGGUGGUGGCGGCGGCAGUGGCAAUGCUGGUGGCAGCAGCGGCAGCGGUGGCAGCAGUGGUGGUGGCAGUGGCAGCUGCAGCAGCAGCCGGCCUCUGGCCCCCCAGGAAGACACGGCUUCUGAGGCAGGCACACCCCAAGGAGAAGUCCAAACUCGAGAUGAUGGCGAUGAGGAAGGACUGUUAACACAUAGUGAGGAGGAACUGGACCACAGCCAGGACACAGAUGCAGAAGAUGGGGCCUUGCAGUAAGCAGGAAAAAUGGCCACCAGCAGAAGAAGGGCAUCACUGUCUCAGGCCUCAAGUCAGGCACCCAUCUCUGGAUGCCAGUUUGUAGUGGGUACCAGGGGAAAGCUGCCAGC